CGAAAAACUGGACCAGUCUAUUUUGAAUAUUUUUGAGGGGAGGUAGGGUAUAUAAAGCGCUAAUCGGCGAUAAUUAUCGCAGUUUGCGCUGAUUUUGUUAGAAGUUUGUUUAAUUUUUUAAGUGUUCUAUCAGUUUUCUUGUCGGUUUAAGUAAACUAUUUCUGCAAAAUUAGUGUUAUAUAGUGUUUUAAAGAAGAACAAUACUUCCACGAGCAUCUACAGGGCGUAUAAAAAGGUAGGAGUACUAUUUUUUCAAUAUUUUUCGAUGAAAAAGUUGUCCAUAAGCGCAAAACCUCUACAGAAGUUGUUUUUAGAAAUAAUAAUAGCUGUUACGUAAUUAUUGACGAUUUUUAAAAGUUAUACAACGGCUAUAGUGAGAUUAUUUUAUAGAAAAUUAGAUUUUAGAGUUUUUAGUUGUUUCAAUGUCGGUAUUUUAACAAAAAAAACUUUUUAAGAUUGCACAAAAAUGGACGAGUCUAUUUUUAGUAUGUUUGAGGGAAGUUAGGAUGAAUAGCGCUAUUGUCACAGAUUGAGUUGAUUUUUUUUACUUAUUUAUGUUUAUAUGUUUUUGAUCAGUGUGUUGUUGGCUUAGUAAUUAAUUUCUAAAAUCAGUGUUAUACAGUGUUUUAAAGAAGAAAACUACUUUCCACGAGCAUAUACAGGGCGUAAGAAAAGUUUCCGAGAUUCCAAUGGUUGCUUCCAAUUUAGGACACCCUAUACAUAACAUGACACUUUAUGAAGAAGAAACUAUCAACUUAGGUGGGAAGAACGAGAAGAUCCUUCAUGGUAAAGUAGUAGACAUCACCGAUCAUCCUCACCAAAUAGCUCUGCUCAACACCAAAUUCAACAAAAUAAUUUGCGGAGGGGUCAUUGUUAAACCCAGAGUGGUUUUCACUGCUGCCCAUUGUACCCAUACCCGAGAUCUUCAACCCAGAAAGAACCUAGCUGUUCUGGCCGGUGCCAACCAUGUUGAAGACGACGAUGGAGCCGUGCAUCACAUCGCAAAAGUGUUCAAACAUCCGGAUUUCUCAUAUCACGGUUUGGACAGUGACAUCUCUGUCAUUCUCUUGAAAGAACCAAUCCGAUUCAGCCAAAAGGCGAGAAAUAUUGAGGUAUCCACAGAUCACCAUCCAGAAGGAACGAGAGCCAUGGCCUCUGGAUGGGGUAGAACAGAAACAGGCUCUCAGUCCAGGGAUUUGAGAGCUGUAGAUUUGACCAUAGAUGAUGCUAACAACUGUCAAAAACAUUUCCCUGGAGUGUUUCAUCCUGUUAUCACCGACAACAUGGUCUGCGUCAAACCACACUACAAAUCGACUUAUUACGGUGACAGCGGUGGACCUUUGACAGUUAAUGGGAAAUUAGUAGGAUUGGUAUCGUUCGGCAGAAGAUUAAAACCGAACAAGAAAACCACCGUUUUCACUAAAGUGGGAAAUUUCCUGGAUUUCAUGGAGGAAGUACUACCGGAGGAAUACAGAGAAGACUAAAUAGAUAUUUUAUAACAGUA